CAAAUUAAAUUAGUUCUAUCGAAAGGACCACGCAUACAGUUUCUGUCAGCGCAUGCGACUAUGGAGUCACAUAUCGUAGGGGGAGAUCCAAUAGAUAUUGAACUGUGUCCGUCAGCUGUGCUCAUAUACAACUUAGGAUCAAUGUGCGCGGGGUCCAUUUUAAACAGCUACUCUGUUUUAUCAGCGGCGCACUGCUUUGAUCAUAAUAGUGACGUAGAGGAAAUAUCUGUACAUGUUGGAUCCCAACAUCGACGUGAUGAAAAGGCAACUAUUCAUGAUGUGAUGCGUGUAGUGGUACAUGUGGAUUACAACAAAGCAACGGCUUUUGCCGCCGAUAUUGCAAUCGUGUUUUUAGAGUAUGCUAUUACAUUCGGAAAAAAAGCAAAGAAGUACAACGGUCCGUUAUCAGAAGUUGGUUUGAUGAAAACAAAGCUCAGAUACAUUCCACUAUCCGAGUGCAGUAAAUUGCAUGGUAUACCGUUUUCACCAGACAUGUUUUGUUUGUAUGGAGAUGCCAAACAUGAUUCUUGCAAAGGCGAUUCUGGUGGAGGUGUCAUAUGGAAAGGAUUCCUGGUGGGAAUUGUGUCUCACGGUGAUGGAUGCGCGGGCAAGAACAAACCAAGUGUAUAUGUAAGCACUUAUUAUUAUCGAGGGUGGAUUAGAAAACAGGUCUUAUACCACGUAAGGUACUAUUGUGACCAUAUUUAGGUAUGUGUUAUUGGCACCAUACCUGUAGCCAUUCAUAUACGUCCUACUAUUGGAUACCAGUCUCCUUUAUAGGGAGGUUAAAGGAAAUCAUUACAAGGUUAGGGGACUUGAUAUAUUUUUGUAGACAGUUUGGAUCUUUUUCGGAACGCAGAACUUCUGCUUGUCCGGUGAAGAAAGUUAAUG